AUGACUGGUUCAACUUCAACCGCGGUUACUAGUCCCACAGUGGCUCCAGGUCAUUCGUCACCUGCUAUACCGCGUCCUUUGCCUACGUCUAACGUCUUGAGACGGCUAUCAAUCCUGGUAGGUCUUCCGGAUGCCUCCAUUCCACCUCCGGUUUCUCCGAGUCUUUGGGUAAGACCUUUGAAAAGUUCUAUUGAAGUCCAGAAAUAUCGUUUGGCUCGACUAGAUGAAACCCCUGUGACCAGUGGUAGAGCCAACACCAUUGGUGGUACUAUCGCCAGAGCUAAAUCACCCCCACCACCACCACCAACAACAACUACUACUACUAAAUCAUCACUAACCAAUAAACCUACGGGAGAUCAACCAGAUGUUAAUAUGACUAACUCGGGUACUGAGCCCGAAGUAGUUGAUGCUACUAAUAAUUCCCUUUCAAUCUUAGCACAAUAUAUAAAGGCUGAUGUUCUGCCUAACACAUCUUCGGAGUUGGCUCGAAAAGCAUACUUCCUGACUCUUGAUAAACAACGACGGUUUCGACUGUUAGAAGUUUACCUGAAAUACCUUUCCACGUCUUCACCCAAAUCAAAAGCUAAGAAUGACUUUCUUCGCAACUAUUACUCCAAUAAAGUGCUUGAGCAUGAGCAACUGCAACAACGACAAGGUGAUAAUCAGUUGCAUGUUUCUAAAACGCUCAAUACGGAUGUACAUCAAGCAGAAAGCGACCUUCCAAAGAAACCUGAGGCUGAAAUAAAGUCUAAUAAUGAUAUUCAUGUCACGUUUGAACCUCAUCCAACAGUUCCUUCAAAAUCUCAAUCUCAAUCUCAAACAACUACUAUACCCAGAACCAGACAUUCACCCGUGGUCAAACGUCAACAAAUUCAAUCACCUCAUCCUGGUCCAAUUGUGGUUCCUCAGUUAAGAAAUUUAGAUAUUAGUGGACCUUCUAUUCCCAAACCUCCUACUGUAAGACAUUUACCUCAUGAUUUUAUGCAUUGUCCUGUUGACCAUUUGAUCACAUUGGUUUCACGUAUGCUCCAAUCACUUAUUCGACUUAAUGAUAAGUCCUUACCACCACAAACAGUUACAGUGGUUGAUAAUUCUGGGUCUACUUCAACCACCACUAAUAGACAAGUUUUAACUCGAUACCAUUCCAGAGUGCCUCCUCAAAUUUUAACAUCAGCAUAUUUAAGUCGUCUUACCAAGUUUAAUAACUUCACAGCAGCUACUUUACUCACAACAAUCUAUUACAUAGAUUUGCUUUCCCAUAAUUAUCAACCAUUUUUUACUCUUAAUUCUUAUACAGUGCAUCGGUUUCUUUUGGUAGCUACGAUGCUUUCACAGAAACUGAUGGAGGAUUUCUUUUAUACUAAUGAUCAUUAUGCUCGAGUUGGUGGUGUGGCAGUGACAGAACUUAAUUGUCUUGAAUUGGAUUUUCUUACACGUGUGGACUGGAAGUGUAUACCUGCCAAAGAGGGAAAAGGUGGCAUAAAGUAUUGUAAAGAAGUAUUAGAUCUUUACUAUAAGCAACUCAUUGAAUUGAUGGGACAGAAUAUAUCUACCAAAGAAGAUGAUCAGAUUGUGUUUAAAGUUUCCCAGGAAGAAGGAGACGAUGACGUUGAUGAUGAUGAUGAUGACGACGACGACGACGACGACGAAGAUCUUGACGAGAAUGAGAAUGAUGAAGAUUAUGAUAGUGAUAGUGAUGAAGACAUGAACUGUGAUUCACCAGUUGCAUACUAUCACUAUGAUUCAAAAGGGUACAGUUUUGAUGGGUCAUCCUCACCGCAUUUGAAACGUCGGUAUGAUAGUUCUGUCACUAAAUAG